AGUCCUAAUGAGCUGGCUGCUACACAGAGAGACCGGGGUUACCGUCUGGGCUGGACCGUCAGAGAAGCAGCGAUAUCAGCCUCCUCAGACUCGUCGCUCGCCGCUCGGUGGCUGAGGCUCCGCGCGUGUCCGCUACAGUUCCCCUCACCUCCCUUUUCUUCUUCCUCCUCCUCUGCCUCCUGACUAUUUUUUUUCCAUCUAUUCUGACUGCAUGUUCAGCCACACCGCCUCCCUCUGCGUCUUCACUUCGGCCGAGCUCCGCCGAACAUGGACAGCCGGGUUCUCGAGCAUCCUCACGCCCAGUUCGGCGGCUCCUUGGGCGGCCUGGUGGGUUUCCCCUACUCGCUCGGUUCCCACCAUCACCACCACCACCACCAGCACGUUUACGAGCUCGCGAGCGGACACCAGCUGCAGUCCGCGGCCGCCGUACCCUUCUCUAUAGACGGAUUAUUAAACGGCUCGUGCUCGGCCUCUGUGGUCACCUCCAGCCCUUUACUCUCAUCCGACAGCCAGCAGUUCAAACUAUCAGGUGAGUCUACCUGCUUUUUUUAUUGUUUGUUUUGGUUUUUUUAUUUUUUUUUUUAUCUUUGGGUCCGCGCGCUGUUCGCAGCAGUCGCGGGGCACAAACGGAGCUCGCUGUUAUUCGGCGAACAUGCGGCUGUAAGCGCGCCUAGAGGCCGAGCGGCGCGAGCUGGAAGGCGGGUGGAGGCUCCCUGCCUCGGCUCGGUGAAAGAAGAGGUGUGGUUUCAAAACAGACGAGCCAAAUGGAGGAAGAAGGAGAACACGAAGAAGGGCCCCGGGCGGCCCGCUCACAACUCCCACCCGACCACCUGCAGCGGCGAGCCCAUGGACCCUGAGGAGAUCGCGCGGCGGGAGCGCGAGCGGGCCGAGAAGAAGAAACGCAAACAGGAGAGGAAGCUGCUCAAGUCCCAGAACAAGCUCCUGUCGGGCGACAGCUUCCACACGCCAGGCGGCUCCGAAAGCGACAGCGGGGUGUCGCAGUUCACCGACAGCGAGCAGCAGCCGCCACCACCUUCCAUCCACGUGGAACUGCCGGCGUCGAGGGGCGAAUCCAGCUGCGACCAAACGCGACACGACUUCGGUCCGCCGCAAAACCAGCUUAACCAAAGAACCAUGGGGGAACCGGAGCAGGUCUCUCCGGACAGCACGCACGGUCCCGGUCCCGGGGGCCAGAGGUCGCCCGGCAUGCAAAAGCGGAACCCGUUCAGUGUGGAGAGCCUCCUCUCUGACACCAUGCCACGGCGGAAAUCCCAACUGGACUUUUCCUCGCUGCCCAAUCAAAGGACACUGGUGGGCAAAGGGCACUUCCUGCUUUACCCCAUCACCCAUCAGCCUUUGGGGUUCUUAGUCCCCCAAGCCGCUCUGAAGGCAGCUCCAUGUCAGGAGAACCCUGACAGACUCGCCCAGGGACAGAGGCGCUCGCCGAGCGAAGGAAGCCCGGCUCCCUCCGACCUCUCCACCUUUGGCAGCACCACUGACCGUUUGAACUCGGCCCAUACAGAGCACACACACCACAAUCACCUCGGUGUUACAGCAGAGGCGGACGACGCCAGGGACCGUGUCAGCAGCUGCAAAAAGGUGGCCUUCCCUGUUCCUCCACCGUCCAACGGCGCAGAUCAGACUGUUCCAGUCGGUGAGGAUGGGGGGCCGGCGGCUCGAACGAAGGUCGAGCAGAGUUCAAAGGAAAGGAGUGCGAGAGAGGAACCGGGGUCUCCAGGCCUCGGCGAGGCGAACACAGACUGUGGAGAAACACCAGGAACAGAUGGAGAGGAUGUCGAUAUGGACUAACACUUUCUAGGAGCAAACACAAACAAAGGACCAUGGAACGAAAAAAAAAACACGCUCCAACCAGUUCAAACAUUCCCAAAGCUCUGCCGAGACACUCUGAAACAUAUCAGGAAUCAGGAGACUUGAUCUUUUGUUUAUUUUUUUUAAAGGGUAUGACGAGUCCAGCCUUUUGAGCAACCCCCUGCCCCUGACACACACCUUUUAGAAGCAGGUUUCGCUCUUUUUCUUUUUCCUUCUUUUCUUUUGUUUUUGUGAACAGCUUGUAAGAAAAACUAUAGGCUUCAAUAAAACAUACACAACAAAAAUCCUCAAAUAUUGUAAAAAAAAAUAAAAUAACAACAAACAAAAACAACAAAAAAAUGAGAUAACGAUAUUUAUAUGUAAACAUUUUUGAUAAAUAAAGUUAUUGUUUUAAUUGAAUUCAGUUUGUCUUGAGGUUGGAGAGAGAAAAGGAUGGUUGACAGAAGCUUUUUGGAUCAUGGCAGCUUUAGUUUUGUCAUGUUACAGCAGAAAAUAUCCCCCCUCUUUUUGUCC